AUGGUGGGGGUUCACAAGCACCAGCGAUUUUUGGUGAUUUCUAGUGAUUUGGUGCAAUCUGGAAUUCGUCUGAAUGUGGUCAACCUUUACGCUCCAAACGAUGCAGUUCUUAGAAGAGGGGUAUGGUCUGACCUUCUUCAAAUUCGCAAUUCUCUUCCAGGUCUGUGGAUAGUCAUGGGCGACUUCAACGAGGUGAGGGACUCAUCUGAAAGGUAUAAUUCAGUGUUUGUUGCAUCAAGUGUGGAUGUGUUUAAUAAUUUUAUUCUUGCUGCUGAUUUUCAUGAAUAUAAUAUGGGAGGAGGGCGUUUUACCUUCAUGUCGGAUAAGGGAGAUAAACUAAGUAAAUUAGAUCGGGUUUUGGUGUAUGGGGAAUUUAAAAACCGAUGGCCUAUUGCGUCUCUUCUAGCUCUAGAGAGAGAUUGUUCAGACCAUAGACCACUUCUUUUAUCAACGGUUCAAUCCGAUUAUGGUCAUAUUCCCUUUCGUUUUUAUAACUCUUGGCUCGAGAUUCCGGGUUUCACAGAUUAUGUAUUUACUUUGUGUGGGGGUUUUAAGUUUCCUGAUGCGGUAGACCUGGCCCUUGCUACAAAACUGAGGUGGCUAAAAAUCGUAUAA